GCCAGAACGAGAGCAGCCGAAACGUGCGUGGGCACCCGGCUGGCGAAACAUCCUCAUAUCCCACGCACUCAUGCAGCUCUCCGCUCCGAGAGCUCCCAGCCAGCAGGACAUCCUCAUUUCAGACGCAUCCAUGGAACAUUCAGCUCCGUGCGCUCCCGGUAGCAGCGAGAUCAGCCCACCACGGUUGAGAUGGCGCUGGAUCCGCCACAUCACAGUCGCGGAGCAGCACUCUGAUACGGCUUCACCGCACCGGAUCCUUCGGAGCUGAACGAAGAAGCUGCCAUGUUUCCCCCGUUUCUUUUUCCACGGUCUCCGGGGCAGCAGUAAACCAAAAGGCAACGCAAGCCCGAAGGCUUGGUUAACAUCACUCUCCAGCGGUGGUGGGAAAGCAUGGGGCAACAAAGGCCCUAACGUUAGGUUAGCGUCAGUCUCCAGCGGCGGCGGAAAAGGGUGUCCCGCAUUAGAGUACUAGAGGUUGUCCAUUCUGUACUGGAUCGAGAGCAGGAAGUCCCGAUCAUACGCCAGCAGAAAAUCACCGCUAUAUAUCGAACAAACCAUAAAAUAGAAUAGAAAAACAAAAAAGGUCGGGAGCCGAGCAGAAACGCAGCCGACCAAGGGCGCCAUCUUGCUCCUCUUGCUUUGACUACGGCAGCACGCCAUCUUAAUUUUCGUGGACUUGUUUCUCAUUUUAACGUCUACUACAGGUCGUCUUCAGUUACUAAGGUAAUAAAAUAAUCCAACUUGGUUUAUUUAUCGACAGCAUUGUGUUGCAGGCAGGGAAUGUGCAAAUUAUAAAUUUACGUUAGCUUUAGCUCAUUUCUAGCAUUAGCGUUAGCUACAUUCGGCUGAAAAGAGCCUUGCAAAACCAGCAGUGCGCGUUUUAAGACGUGUUUUGGAGACGGGUGUAUUAAUGGAAACCGUCUAAUUAGUAUAGCUAUAUUUGAAUGCUUUGUCUAAAUGCGGCCUGGGUUUUCCCGCCUUGUUUGACAUACAGCUGAAGCUUUAAGUUAGCUAGCCUUGCAGCUGUGUCAUAUUGACUAUGUAUUUUUGCAGCAUAUGUGGAGAAUCGGUUCAGUCCGUGAAAGCUUAUGUUUUGCAUUGCAGACUGCAUCGUAAUGAACCCCGGUGUAUUUUUAAAUGUGUUGAAGUAAGUUGUAAGCAGGUGUUUUCUGGAUAUGCUGCUUUAAAGUCUCACUUCUACCGCCACCACACUGGUACCGCAACUGUUUCUCAGAAUGGUACCUUAAUGGGUUUGAAUUGCACUGUCUCACUUUGUGAACGCCAAUGUGAGGGAACUAAAGCUUUGAUUGCUCACUUAAAGGAACACAUAGAAGAGGGACGGCAUGUAACUUGUCCAGUGAGAGGAUGCCAAAGUGUGUUCUCUGUAAAAUCUACAUUUACCUCCCAUAUGUCUAGAAAACACAAACGUUUGGAAAAUGUGAUUUGUGGUUUAAGCAAAGAUAUUCAGUCAGAGAGUCGCAAAGAUAUUCAGUCAGAGAGUCUAUCUACAAGUGCCACCAUACAGGAAGGUGCCAGUGUAUCAGAUACAGAAGACCCUGGUAUGGAUGGGUCUAAUUUCAGUGACCUGUAUCUCAGAAAUGUAUGUGUGUUUUACAUAAAACUACAGGGACAGCAUCUUCUACCAGCAUCUACCAUUCAAACCAUUGUUGAAGAAAUACAAAAUAUACAUGAAUUGGGACAGAUGUAUACAUUGAAUAGACUAAGCUCACUUCUAAAAGAUAUGUCAGUUUCAGAUGAAGACAUUAUAAAAAUCUGUGACACAGUAAAACAAUCUGACUUGUUCUCAGCUUGUCACACAGGGCCCAUGAGAACUGCUUAUUCAAGAGUUCAGUGCUUUAAAGAUGUGUUCAAGUAUGUUGAACCCAGAAAAGUGUUUUUGGGCAGGGACGAGAACAGGAUGGAGAGAUUUGCCUAUUAUGUUCCUCUGCUAAAUACUUUGAAGAGUAUGCUGGAAUCAAGUUUUUGGCAAGGUCUCAUAUCAGUGGAUCCUAAUAAUGUUUCAAGACCAGAUGUUCUCAGGGACUGUUGUGAUGGAAACGUGUUUGUGUCAAACAAAUUUUUUCAGGAAAAUCCGCAUUGCCUCAAGCUGGUUCUGUACCAGGAUGCAUUUGAAGUAGUUAACCCACUUGGUUCUGCAAAAAAGAAGCACAAGGUUUUGGCUGUGCACUUAUCUAUACUCAACACACACCCCCCACCCCCAUGCCCGGUCAAAUGCUGAUCAUAUGCAGCUAGUCUUCUGUGUAGGGAGAAGGAUUUCAAGGAAUUUGGCCAUGACAGUGUUUUUUCAGAACUCCUGAAUGAUUUGAAGGUACUAGAGGAGAAUGGGAUAACAAUGGCAGACAAACCUGUUGUGAAAGGAGCACUCUACUGCAUUGCUGGAGACAACCUGGGCUCUCAUUGUAUUGGGGGUUUUACAGAAAAUUUUAGUUCAUCAGUGUACUUAUGCAGAUAUUGUCUGUUAACUCGAACUGAGUUUCAGGGUGCUGAUCCAGCAGUGUGUGGACCUCAGCGGACCCCAGAAAUGUAUAGAUCUGCCACUGAACAGCUGGAACGAGAAGAUGUGUCAGAAGUUCAGGGGAUAAAGUUCAGAUAUGGCUGAAUCGCAGGUGCUUACCUUAAAGAACAUAGGGGAUGCAAUUGCAGGAGUGCUUCCGGACCUUCCUGAUCAACUUCUCAAGUCAGUAGAAGAUACUUUGAAAACACUUGGUGCAGAAACCACACAUGACUUGAAGUACAUUACUGAAAAUGACUUGCUGCCAGUGCUCAAGCCCAUACAAGCCAGAAGACUAGUGGC